CCGCUGUUCCGGCCCAACAAACAGACCCAGCUGAGCGGAGGUUGCGGGCCCCAGAUGAAUACCAGGUUUCCUUCAAGCAGGAUGGUACCUUUCUACUUUCCUCCAUCAAAAUGUGCACUUUGGAACCCAGUCCCAAUUGGAGAUUUCAUCUACUUACAUCUCAAUUACUACAGAAAUCCAAAGCUUGUGGUAACUGAAAGGACCAUCCGACUUGCUUGUCGUCAUGCUAAGCAGAAUAAAAAAAACCUGCCAUGCUUUUUACUUGGUUCUCUCGUAGUAGAUGAAGAUGAAGAAAGUAUGACAUUGACAAUAGAUCGUUUUGAUCCUGGUAGAGAAGUGCCUGAAUGCUUAGAAAGAACCCCUACUGCUUUUCUUCCUGGGGACUUUGUGAUUCCAUGCAAAAUUCAUACUCAUGGACUUUGUUCAAAAGAAAUAAUAGUUCAUGAUGCAGAUGACUUCAGUUCAGCUUUUAAGGCUCUGCAGCAUCAUGUAUGUAGCAAAGAUUUCUUGGACUCUGGUAAACUGCUUUCCCUAAGAGCUCAUAUCACUUCCAGGGAAAGUUUGGACAUUGUGGAUUUGGAUUUGCAUUGGGCAGCAGUAACUCUGGCAAAUACCUUUAAGUGCAGACCUAUGAAGCCCAUCCCCAUUAUUCCAACAGCUCUGGCAAGAAACUUGACUAGUAAUUUGAGUAUUUCUCAAGUUCAAGGUACCUAUAAAUAUGGAUAUCUUACCAUGGAUGAAACACGCAAAUUGUUACUUUUGCUGGAAUCGGAUCCCAAGGUUUGUUCUCUACCAUUAGUGGGAAUUUGGCUAUCUGGGAUUAUACAUAUCUAUAGUCCUCAGGUAUGGGCUUGCUGCUUACGAUACAUGUUCAGUUCUUCUAUUCAAGAAAGGGUUUUUUCAGAAUCUGGAAAUUUCAUUAUAGUUCUCUAUUCUGUGACACAUAAGGAUCCUGAAUUUUAUGAAUGCCUCCCCUGUGAUGGCAGAUCAUCUGACCUUCAGUUCCAGCUACUAACCAGCAAGGAAACAUUACAUCUUUUCAAAAAUGUUGAACCUUCUGACAAGAACUCAAUCCAUUUUGAACUGACUGCUGAAAGCCAAAAUGUAGAAACAGAGUUUUUCAACAAGGUUUCCAAGAAUCUUUCAAUUAAAAGGUCUUCCCAAAAGUCAUCUCCAGGAAAAAUGCCAAUAAAUGAUCAUGACUCUGGUGUUGAAGAUGAAGAUUUUUCUCCAAGACCAAUUCCUAGUCCUCAUCCUGUGAGUCAGAAGGUUUCUAAGAUCCAACCAUCAGUUCCUGAACUUUCCCUUGUGUUGGAUGGCAAUUUCAUAGAAUCAAAUCCUCUGCCUAAGCCAUUGGAAAUGGUGAAUAAUGAAAAUCCUUCUUUGUUGAUUAACAACUCUGAACACUUGGAGCCAUUGCAACCCCAGCUUUACAAUGACAAACGCAGUCUAGAAGCUGAAGCUGGAGAGCUUUCCUUGAAAGGGCUACCAAGUCAAUUAAGCCAGAGCACUGUUCCUUUGAGACACAGCAAAGGAAGACAGCCAUCUAGCUGUAAGAACAGGAACCCGCAUAUCAGGAACAGUGUUAAACUAUCUUCUCUUAAUAGGCCAUCUUCUGAUACAAAUGUAUACACAGAAGAAUAUCCUGUAAGAUCCUCCACAUUUAAUUCCAAGCAGUCUUCUCUUGCCUCACAGUCUCACCCACACAAUUUUGUUUUUUCAUCCCAUAAUUCAGGAAGACCAGUGGAACUUCAGAUACCUACUCCACCACCACCGUCUUACUGUCCUACAAAUGUUUGUAGUUGUUGUCAGCACCAUGGCCACAUGCAGUAUAGUUCAAUAAAUUCUUGGCAAGGAAUGAAUACAGUAGGGUCUCUUCAAGACCUCCAGUCUGAAGCCCUUCACAAGCAUUCAUUAUUUCACCCAGGUGGAUGUCCAGCUCUGUACCCUGAUGCAUUCUGUUCUUCAAGUAGUCCUAUAGCCUUGAGACCUCAGGGAAACACGGGUGGUUGCUCUCCCCACAGCAUUGUAGAACCAUCGCCUGUGGCAAGACUACCCUCACAUGUGGACUCCUGUAACCCACCACCUUGUGCAGUAUGCAUGCACACACCCAAGACUGAGUCAGAUAAUGGAAUGAUGGGACUAUCUCCAGAUGCAUAUAGAUUCCUCACAGAACAAGACAGACAGCUGAAACUGCUUCAGGCACAGAUUCAGCGUUUAUUGGAAGCACAGUCUCUGCAGCCCUGUUCCCCCAAGACAACCUCUGCUGAAGACACGGUGCAAGCUGCGAGACAAAUGGAGCUGGUUUCCAUGGAAGCACAGUCUUCCCCUGGCUUGCAUAUGAGAAAAAGUGUAAGCAUUGCUGUGAGCACAGGUGCCAGCUUGUUUUGGAAUGCAGCAGGCGAUGAUCAAGAGCCUGAAUCUCAGCAGAGGCAAGAUGAUACCAAGAUUUCCAGUGAGGACAUGAAUUUUUCUGUUGAUAUUAAUAAUGAAGUCUCAAGUCCUCCAGGUAGCGCAUCUUCAUUAAAAGCAGUUGAUAUUCCCAGCUUUGAAGAAAGCAACAUUGCUGUGGAAGAGUUUAAUCAACCACUUUCUGUAUCCAACAGCUCUUCUCCAGUUGUGAGAAAAGAACCUGAUGUGCCUGUGUUCUUUCCGAAUUCCGAGCUGGCAGAAAAUGUAAGCAUGUGCUUACAGAGUGGACCAACAGAGGGUGCCAGUAACAGCUCUGUAACAUCAGGGGACCCAAAAAUUGAGCAAGUAAUGCAACCCUUGCCUCAUCAACCAUCAGAUAAUCAGAAAAUAUACCAGGAUUUAUUGAGUCAAGUGAACCACCUACUGAAUAACUCCUCCAAAGAAAAUGAGCAGCCAUCUACCAAAGCAGUAAUUAUUAGCCAUGAAUGCACCAGAACACAAAAUGUUUACCAUAGAAAGAAAAAAAAAAGUGAUUCAGGUCUGGUAGACAAAGAUUGUGUUCUUAAUGCAACUCUUAAACAACUCAGAAGCCUUGGAGUAAAAAUUGACUCUCCCACUAAAGUGAAUAAAAAUGUCCAUAAAGUGGAUCAUGCCAGUGUGUUGGCAUGCAUCAGCCCUGAAGCAGUGAUUUCUGGAUUAAACUACAUGUCAUUUGCUAAUGUUGGCAUGAGUGGCUUAAGCCCCAGCGGUGUGGAUUUGAGCAUGGAGGCAAAUGCUAUAGCUCUGAAAUAUUUAAAUGAAAGUCAGCUGUCACAACUAUCUCUCACUCGAUCAAACCAAAAUAACUGCGACUCAUCUUUUAGCCUUCUCCAUAUUAAUACAGACAGAAGCACAGUGGGGCUGAGUUUAAUUUCACCAAACAACAUGUCAUUUGCAACCAAAAAAUAUAUGAAGAGAUACGGACUCAUACAAAGCAGUGAUAACAGUGAAGAUGAAGAGGAGCCUCCAAACAAUACAGAUAGCAAGAGUGAACAUUUAUUGAAUCAAAAUCUUACAUCCAUACCUGAACAACUUGACUGUCAAAAAGAACCUUCUAGGAAUGCCUGUGAAAUAAUUAAUCGUUAUAACUGUGAAUCCGUGAGCACCCACGCAGAUACACCAGUAUUGAGAAAUAUUACAAAUGAAGUUGUUCAGCCAAAAGCAACCCAGCAAUUGAAUGAAAACCCAGCUUUCUUAUUAAAAAACCUUAAGCCAAGUCCUGCAAUGAACCUCCGAACCGGAAAAGCAGAGUUUACCCAACAUCCUGAGAAAGAAAAUGAAAAGGACACUCAAAUUCUUCCCGAAAGUUUGAAACCUGAAACUUUAAAGCAGAUGAGUAGUAUGAAUUCAGUAGGCACCUUCUUAGAUGUAAAGCAGCUCAGACAGUUGCCAAAAUUAUUUUAAACCUUAAACUCACCUCCCUCCUGUUAUGAGGAUGGGGUGUCUCUUGAAGAGACUUAGGGAAGCCAGAGCCUUUGGUAGUUUGGGGAUGCCUAAGCAUUCUAGGGGCCAGUCUGUUUUUGGUAGCUGCUGAUUAUGAAGAGCUGAGCAGUUGACCUGAUGGUCUGUGAGAUGGUGCACUUGUAGAGGAGGGUGAAGUGCUCUGUUCAAGUAGAGCUUGUUCAGCAUCCCUGCAAUCUUUUUUAAACAAAUCCUGAGAUCAGUUAUUUUGACAAAUUUAGGUAAACCAGUACUAUCCAACUCUGAAUCUGAACUGCUCUUUUAUGCUGUAAAUUGUGAAAAGUAACUCCAUUUUCCUAGCAUGUUGCAUCUCUGCAUCUAUCAUCACCUGAAAUAACGUAAAAUAAACUUAUCAUGACCCUGACUAAAUUAGCUAAAUCAACCCUUACUGAAUUUAAGGGGAAAGUUUUAUUUUUAAAAAUAACUUUAAGAUCUUUUAUAUAAUGAGUAUAGAUGUUCUCUUAAUUAAGAUGCAUAUUGGUUAAAUUCUGUGGAAGUAAAGCUUUUGCAGUCUGGUGGGUUGAUGUUAAUGUAACAUUUUUAGCUUACAGCACUAGCUAUCACAAAAUAAAAUGAUUGAGUAUAAAUGUGUUUUAUAAACUUUGAGUAUUUCAAGUGUUUUCA